AUGAGCCCCAAAUCCCUGAAGCAAGGAAAUCUCAGCAGCCCCACCAUGUUCCUUCUCUUGGGAUUUUCCAGUACCUACAGAGCACAGGUGACCCUCUGCCUGUGCUUCUCACUCAUUUACCUGGUGACGGUGCUGGGGAACCUGCUCAUCGUGACCCUCGUCUGGCUGGAUGCCCACCUGCACUCCCCUAUGUAUUUCUUCCUGGGCCACCUCUCCUUCCUGGACAUCUGCUACUCCUCUGUCACCCUCCCUAAGAUCCUUGGAGACUCCCUCUCACCACAGAAGACCAUCUCCUUUGUGGGCUGCAUUACGCAGAUCUACUUCUUCCUUUGCUUUGGGGGCUCUGAGUGCAUACUCCUGGCUGCCAUGGCCUAUGAUCGGUACCUGGCCAUCUGUCACCCCCUCCACUACCCAGCGCUCAUGAGCAAGAAGAUGUGCCACUGCUUAGUGGCCAUUUCGUGGCUGAGCGGCUCCUUCUCCUCUCUGAUCCAGGCCUUCCUCACAGCCUGCUUGCCCUUCUGCGGGUCCAACAUGAUCAACCACUUGUUCUGCGAGAUACCCUUCUUGCUGAAGGCGUCCUGCAGCCCUAAUGCUCUCCUCAACAAGGCUGCCUUGUAUGCUUUGGCUGGGACUAUUGCAAUGGGCUCUUUCCUCCUUACUCUUGUGUCGUACGUCCACAUCAUCAGGGCUGUCCUCCAGAAGGGAGCAGGGACACAAAGGGCUUUUGCCACCUGCACCUCCCACCUGACCGUGGUGACCCUGUUCUUUGGCACUGGGGCCAUUGCGUACCUGCUGCCUCACUCCAGUGCCUCCGAGGAGAUCGACGAGGUCCUCGCCCUGCUGUACGCCGUUGUGACCCCCAUGCUCAACCCCAUCAUCUACAGCCUGAGAAACAGUGAGGUCAAAGGGGCCAUCAGGAAAGCCCUGCACAGGGAGGUGUUAUGGAUGUCCACCAAGGUUGCAGGCAUCGUGCUGAGCGACCCCCACCCUCCCCACUGCAGGGGUGCAGCUCUCGGUGACCCAACACACAUGAACGGGUCUGGGACUCCCGGCCGGGCAGUGCCAUGUGGUGCUGGUGUGCUGAAGAUGAAGGUCAUUUUCUUGCUCCAGGAGUCGAUACUUCUGUUGAUGCUUCAGGCCUGGGCAAAAAUCCCUCUGAAAGAAUAUUGUGAUGGAGAGAAGCUUGCAGGGAAGUGGCACACCAUCGCCAUAGCUUCCCACUCCAGCUCAAUCAAAGACCUCAAGAAAUAUGAGAAGAUGUCUGUGAGCACCAUAUUUCACCAUGAUGGUGAAAUAAUCAUCAAAACUUUAAUUCCUGGAGCUGGCAGGAGCUGUUCUCUCGCCUCCAACCUGGAAGUGACCAACCAGCUGUCAAAAAAUACAGUGGACAUGGGAGCACCUGCCAUGUGGCUGGAGACUUCAGGAGGGAGAGAUCUCACCAGCUGUGGCCUGGUCAAUAUGGACUACACCAGCCCCACCAUCCUCCUCAGUGACCGGCAAUAUCAGGGGCUGACCAUCUCAGUGGUGACUCUCUACAGUGUCAGAACAAAAGUGUCACAAAAAAGCUCAGUGAUGCCCAGGGAGGCAAGGGCCGUGGGGGGCUGA